ACAGUAUGGAGAAUAUGCAUACCAAUGUUAGAGUUCUGAGGGUUAACUUUUAAAUGUUCCUGAAGCCUUAAUCCUUCUUAUAACUUAUAUUUUACCAGAGAGAGUACUAAACAGACUAGUAAUGAUCACCGUAACAUGUAAUGUGUAGCAAUGCAUUGAACCUUUUGAGGCAUGAUUACUACCAAACCAGAUUUUCAUUUGUUUUGGUUUGCAAUUAACCAUCUGUAAUCAUAAUGUAACUUCAAUUAACCAGGCUCCAAAUCAUUUUCAACAGGUAUAUACAUCGUUUCCGUAAUAAUCCACCAUCAAGUCGUCAGGAACGAGAUCGCAUGUAUAUUGACAGUGGGGUAGGAGGGGAAUUCUGGUGGCUGUCUCCUUCUCCGCCCAGUAGCUCCACACCCAAAGAAGGAACUCCAAAGGAGAGAACUGUGCCUUCCCCACAUCAUAGUCUCUCUCCAAAACUGAGAAGAAGUAUUGCCAGGAGGGCUAGUUCAUCUCCAACAUCUCCAGUAUUAAUGAGUAAGAUCAAAAGUACUUCCUCACCUUCAACCAAGUCAUCUUUCGAAAGAAUUGACCCUAAGACAGCAGAAUUACAAGAGAGAGCCAAGGCACUGCUAGAAAAAAGGUUAUCCAUGCACUGAAUAAGAUGUUGACUUUAUUGAUGAAAUGCAUAAAACAGAAGGGCUUAAUAUUAUAACAGGGGCUUAAUAUUAUAACAGGGGCUUAAUAU